CAUUGCCACAUUAAAGGAUGCUUAUCGGCUGGUAGGGAAAAUACGCUAUUGAGGAGAUCACCAGGGUCGUCAAGAGAGGAAGUCGAGAAUUUCGGAAGACAGGAGUACAUGGCAGAGGGCCAAAUAAAUACAGGGUGCGAUGUCAUAGAGGAUGCAAUAGAGGCUGAAUGUACUGAAGUGGAUGAACGCCUAAGCUACACCUACUCAGGCGAGAGUGAAGACCUUAUCCGCCUUCUUCCGCUACCGUUCGCGAGAGAGGAUGCAUCAAACAGAUUAUCUAGAUUGCAUCACGUUCUCGAUGGAGUCGAGUACGGGAGGUAUAUUAUGUUUAAUGAGAGCAGCUCUAGGACGACAGGGGAUAGUCAUGAACCAGAUAUGAUAGCUGGUGACAGUGGUUUAGACUACAAUUUCCGGGCUAGUAGAUGAUAUGUCUGUAUAAAUAGCUAAGCUGUACAAUAUAUCUUCUGCCUCGAUUAAUUUAUAUAUAAAUAAGUGUAAUUACCUACAUAAACGAGUAAUAAGUU